AUGGACGAGCUGGAGCUGAGCGGUAUCCAGAAGCGGAUCGCCUUUGGGUCGUGUCAAGAGCGGAAAUUGUUCCCUUUCCACCAUGCACCAGACAGACUGGGGAUCCAGCUGACACCUAUGAGGGGAGACCCUCGGCUCGGGCCAGGCUCUUAUCAGAACCACAAGAAAAGCAGCCUGGUAUACUCCUUGGCUCACAAGCCACAAAGCAAGAAAGGCUACGUGAUAGGAGCUAGAACAGCCCAACGUUUCAUGCCAGAGGCACAGGCUGUGACUCCUGGCCCAGGAGCAUACCAGUCAUGGUGGAAGAAAGAGAGAAAAUGUCCGCCUGCCUAUGCUCCAUUUUCCAUUAAAACACCACGAUUUCCAGAUAAGCCUUUGGAAAGAGAAUUCUUCCCUGGGAUUAAGCUGAUAACAGACAAGGAGUUCAAGAAACAUCGCAACCGCGUGGCCUACCUGAGUUUGUACUAUGGCUGA